AUGGCGUGGUGGUGUCUAAAGUUGCUACAGGUCAUGCGCAUCCUCAUGAGGCGGACUAGCUGUGUUAUCGGCCCAUCAAGCGUCCGAUCGGGUUCUAUUUGCUCAGGCUACGAUCAAAAGUACUCCCAAUGGAAAUGGAGGGCCAUUGCCAUCUCGACUCGAGUGUGCCGAAAUCGUACUGCCCAAGCAGACCAGGGUGCGCAGCAACCACAGCCGCUCAGGGGUCAUUUGGUUCGCUGUGACCCGCUUGUGCUAUUCGCUGAAGAGGCGGUGUCCAUAAUUGUCCAUUGGGCUAAUCCCGGCACUCCGGCAUGCCGCAUACGAAGAGAGGCAACAGAUCAUUGCACUACAAAAGUCGAGUCGUUGUAG